AAUUUUAGACAGGACACGUUUUUUGAACUAAAUUUUGUUCAUCUUUGAAUCGGAAAAAUUUGGAUAAAAAAAAAUAGUUCUGGUUAAAUCAAUGGCCGACAAACAACAACAACAACACCGACAAAUGAACGAUGCCAUUCAUAUCUAUCAUGAUAAUGUAGAUGAUGAUGAUGAUGGAAAACUUAUCAAACAACACAACGUUCGAAGACAACAAACAUCAUCAUCGUCAACAAACAUUCAUCAUCCAUAUCAUCAAGAUAAUCAUGACAGCAAUAACAAUAACAACAACAACAAAAAUGAAUCACAAAAUUCAAAUUAUUUUACAGCUAAAAGUCAGUUGAUAAAAUCAAGAUCACCAUUAACAGCCGUAUCAUAUUCAAGUUUAGAUACAACAACAGGAUCGGAUUUAUUUCAUACGGCUGAAUUAUCGAUAAUCACUGAUACAACAACAACAACAACAUCGACAAAUCCUCAUCAACAUUAUAAUCAUAAUCAUCAUCCAAAUAAUCAAACAACAACAAUGGAUUCGGAAAGUGAACGUCCACGUAUAAAACAACAACCAUCAAUGACAUUAUAUUUGGCUACUGUAUCAGCAUUACUUGGUGCAUUAGGUAUGGGUCUUGUAUUAGGUUGGACAGCACCAGCAUUAAUAACAAUGGUCGAUGAUGAUAGUCAACCUAAAUUAGAUAAUGUAGCCGAUAAAGAUGCUAUUACAUGGAUUGGUUCAAGUAUGACAUUAGGUGCAUUAGUUGGUGCAUUAUUUUCCGGUACAAUAUCACAAUAUUUUGGCCGUAAAAAGGCAUUGAUUUUCUAUGGAAUCCCGUUCACUAUUGGUUGGCUGUUGUUAGUUUUUGCCAAAAGUAUUACCCUUUUAAUUGUUGGACGUGUUGUUUGUGGUAUCAGUUGUGGUCUAUUGUCCGGUACUGCGCCAUCAUAUGUUGUUGAAAUUUCUACAAUCGCUAUUCGUGGUUUGAUUGGUGCUUGUUUUCAGCUUUUCGUUACAAUCGGCAUCCUUUUGGUCUAUAUAAUUGGAGCUUUUAUAAAAUGGCGUCCAUUAGCCGGUGUUUCAAUGAUACCGACAAUCGUAAUGAUGAUUUGUAUGUUUUUUAUGCCCGAAAGUCCAUCAUGGUUAAUGUCAAAAGGAAAAGUUACCGAAGCAACACAAUCAUUACGUCGAUUACGUGGCCAAAAUAGUGAUACCGAUCAAGAAAUGCGUAUGUUACAACAAGCUGAAAUUGAUAAACAAGGUGGUGGAUUUAAAUUAAGUAGCUAUGGUAGCCGACCACAUUUAAUGCCAUUCAUAUUGGCAUUAUUGUUGAUGUUGUUUCAACAAUUUAGCGGUAUUAAUGCUGUAAUGUUUUAUGCAACAUCAAUAUUUGCCGAAGCAGGAAGUUCUAUUGAACCAAAAUAUGCAACAAUUAUUAUCGGUGUUGCACAAGUUAUUGCUACUGGUGCCGGUAGUUUAUUGGUUGAUCGUCUUGGUCGAAAAAUUCUUCUCAGUGCUUCUGGUAUUUUACAUGUUGUUUCAUUAGCUGCAUUAGGUGUUUAUUAUUAUGUAGCAGAUAAACAUCCAGAUACGGCCAAAAGUCUUGGCUGGUUACCAUUGGUCAGUCUAGUCGUAUUUAUUAUCGGAUUUUCAAUCGGUUAUGGGCCAGUUCCAUGGUUAAUGGUUGCCGAAAUUACACCAACCGAUUCACGUUCAAUGACCAGUGCUAUUGCAACAGCAUUCAAUUGGACAUGUGCAUUUUUAAUGACAAAAAAUUUUGAAUUACUUAAAGAUAGUAUCACUACUGAAGGAACAUUUUUUUCAUUCUCUGGUUUGGCUAUUGUAAGCAUAAUAUUUGUUAUAUUUUUGCUACCAGAAACCAAAGGUAAAUCAAGUGAACAGAUUGCACAAAAUUUUCAAUCAAAAACAUCAUCAUUGGAUGUAACAAAACGUGGCAAUCAUAAACUUGAAUUGGAUCGAUUGAAUGGAUAAUAAUAAUAAUAAUAAUAAUGAUAAAUUAAUGAACAAAAUCAUCAAUCAAUCGUGAUCAACAAUAUCAAUCGUGAUCGAACAACAACAAAC